UAGGGGCUCUGUUAUUUGUGAACACAAUGAAAAGUUCAGACAAUGAUGUGAUAACUGACAGACUUCCCAGGCUCAAGAGCUCAAACGAAUGGCUGGAGCCCCAGCCACUUUCCUUCAUGGAGGCAUUAGCUAAAGAAGAUAUUGAUGCAGCUAUUCAAUCAAUAUUGUACAGAGAAAAUUAUAUAAUUAAGCAACUAGAUAAGUAUUUAAAGCAUCAUGACUUCUUAAAUGCAAGAAGAAAAGAGAUAUUAUAUAAAAGAUGGGUUGAUCAUGUGGCAGAUCCUCUCCAGAAGAAAAUUAUAGAAAAUGUUCCUUCACAUAAGAAGAUUAAAAAAAGGAGACAAGAGGAAUUAGAUGGUUUUUUAAAAUACGUAAAUAAAAAGGGAAAUGCAUUUAUAGAGCAUUAUGAUCCAAAAGAAUAUGAUCCUUUUUACACGAACAAAGAGGACCCGAAUUUUCUGAAGGUUACCAUCCCACCAUUUCGUGACCCUUUGAAAAAGGCACAAUAUGACAAAGACGAUGGAAAAAGAAUUCUUCUUCAGUGUGAGACUGGCAAAAUAUUUACAAUGAAAGAAUUUAAAGAGGUUGAGAAAGCCAAACUGCAUUCCAGAUUUCCAGGAAUUUCUAAUUCAAGGCACUUUAUGACUCCAAAUGAGUGGCUUAAACUGCCUACAAACUACAUAGAGAGUGAAUUUUGUAAAAGGAGCAGGUUAAAAGUAAAAGUGAAUUUUAACGAAAGUAGUUUUGACUUGAAACCCUCUGCAAAAACUCCUCAUCUUCUGGAAUCCCAGGAAGAAGAAAAAGCAGUUGUUUACAAAUUUUAGCAACCAAGGAGCACACACCCUGAGCCUUGGCUGGUAAAAGAGGACACAAAAGAAGGCUGCUUCAAAGGAAGCCAUCUGCCAGCAGGAAUCAUUCAGGAUGAGGACCAAGAAAGGUGCUCAAGAAUUGUUUUAUGUCUAAGAACUUAGAGCAUCUGCAAUAAACUUCAUCUUUGAGUCCAGUGUCUGUAUGAUAAUUAAGAAAUGACAAUACUGUAUAUUGACAGUUAUUGCAAAUGUAUUUCCCCCAGGAGUUAAGAAAUGUUGCCUGAAAGAUACAAUAAAAAUACUAA